AUGGAUGUCAAGUUUUUCGGAAAGGACGCCGAACCAGAGGAAUGGGCUAAUACCAUACGAUGCCUCGGGAGUGAACCAUGCUAUAAUAAUGCAAUAGUCGGACGUUUCAAGAUUCGUCCCUGGUACGAGAAGCUACGUGAAUUCUGGGUGCCCCUCUGGCCGGCACCAAGCACUGAGACAGACGAAAAGACCAUCGUCGCAAAAGAAGCGCCAACUGCUCGAAAGCCGGUCAUACCUCCAGAAAUAUGCCCAAAUGUGGACGACUUUGGUACGAUGUGA